AGUUUACCAUGAACUAUUGCACUAAGCUUUGUACCCAAUGAAUGUUGACAUAGUUGCCAUGUAUGGUUAUUUUGUACUGAUCUAGCUAUUGUAAUGCAAGCACUGAUGAAUGAGUUUGUUUUAAUUUUUUUUCUUUCUCAUAGAAUGAGUACCCAAGAGGAAACACAACCUAAAAAUAGGAAGAACAAGGGAAAAUCAAGUCAAGUACCAUUCGUUAAAGCUCACUAGGAUGCAAAAUCAAAAGAAAUUUUUUUUAAGCUUUGUGUUGAGCAAGUGAAGGUUGGACACAGACCUGAUACACACUUAGAUAGGGUCGGGUGGGAAAAUGCAAUAACUAAGUUUAAAACUAUGACUGGAAAAGCAUACCAACGAAUACAAAUGAAAAAUCAUUGGGAUGUGUUGAAAAAAGACUGGCUUUUGUGGAACAAUCUGUUAAGGGAUAAGAUAGGCUUAGGCCGUGAUACAUUGACUGGAGCUAUAUCUGCAUCUGAUGAGUGGUGGACUAAGAAAUUGGAGAGAUAUCCUGAUGCUGCUAAAUUCCGGCGUAUGCCAUUGCAAUUCACUGAAGACUUAGACAUAUUAUUCUCAGAUUCAGCUGCUACAGGAGAAUGGGCAUACACUCCUAGCUCAGGGGUUAUGCCUCACACUGAUGAGACUGUGGAGGAAUUUCAUACCCCACAUGAUGCUGAAUUUCUUAAUGAUGCUGAUUUGAAGGUGGUUCGUCCUUCCGAGUUAAACAAAAAACGUCCAUUAAAUACUGAUGGUUCAUCAACCAAGAGCAAGAGAAAGAAGAAAUUUACUGGUGCAGCUCUACUUACCAAGACACUUGAUCGUAUAGUCAACGUGGUUGAGUCAUCUUUAGCAACUUUAACACAGACCUCAUUAAGAUAUCCUUCAAUUGCAAAAUGUUGGGCGAAGUUGGAAAGCAUCCCUGGUGUAUCCCCAGAUGAUGAGCUGUAUGUAUGGGUUGCCCGAUUAUUCUUAUGAGUCAAGCGUCGUGAGUGCUUCAUAACUCUUCCUACGAAUGAAGUUCGGCUGAGGUUUCUAAAGUUGGAGAUUGAGAUGGAGAAGACCACCACAGGUUAUCACGACUAAUUGUGGACUGCUCGGUUGUUCUUAGGACUUUUAUUAUUAAUUGUGGACUACUGUGUUGGACUUUUAUUUUACUAAUUGUGGACUGUUCUGAAUUUCCUAAUUUUUGCUUUUAUUAAUAUUGACUAUGUUGGACUUUUAAUUGUGGACUCAUUAUUUGGACUUUUAUUAAUAUUAUUUUGGACUUUGUUAGU